AUGGCUGCAACAUUUCACCCAAUCUUUUGGAUUUCCCUUUCUAUUUUGAUUUCGAAUGUUCCAGUAUCUUAUGCUCAAAAUUGCAACACUUACACCUUCUCCAACAACAAUGUCUACGCUACAUGUGUCACCUUACCUCUGUUAAACUCACAAUUACACUGGAACUACCACCCCACCAACGCCACCGUCGACGUGGCUUUCCGGCACACCGAAGUUUCCACCUCCCAAUGGGUCGCUUGGGCACUCAACCUUCAAGGGUCGGGUAUGGUUGGAGCCCAAGCCCUGGUUGCUUUAAUAAACUCAAACGGGUCGGUUCAAGCUUACACGUCGUCCGUUUCGGGUUAUGGAACGGGUAUGCAACCCACCAGGUUGAGUUUUGACGUGCCCAGGAUCUCCGCCGUGAUGGUUAACGGCGAUGUGGUGAUUUAUGCGACAUUGGUGUUGGGUGGUGGGAGGACCAGUUUUAACCAGGUGUGGCAGGUGGGUCCUGUUUCCGACGGAGCUCCGGCGAUUCAUCAGAUGGGUCUGGAUAAUAGAAAUUCGGUUGGGACGGUGGAUUUUGUUAGUGGACAAGCUAGUGCUGACGGCGGCAAAGUUGGUGGUUCACGGCCACGCCGGAGAAAUAUUCAUGGAGUGUUGAACGCUGUGAGUUGGGGACUAAUGAUGCCAAUGGGAGCCAUGGCUGCAAGAUAUCUAAAAGUGUUCAAGGCAGCUAACCCAGCCUGGUUCUACAUCCAUGUUACUUGCCAAGCUUCGGCCUACAGUAUCGGUGUAGCCGGAUGGGUCACUGGACUCAAGCUCGGCAGCGACUCCGUUGGUAUCAAAUACAAUACUCACCGCUACAUCGGGAUUGCCCUAUUUGUCCUCGGAACCCUUCAGGCAUUUGCUCUGCUUCUGAGGCCAAAGCCAGAAAACAAGUACAGGUUUUACUGGAACAUCUACCACCACAGCAUAGGAUACACUGUGAUCAUCCUAAGCAUCAUCAAUGUGUUCAAAGGGUUUGAUAUCUUGGACCCUGAGAAAAAGUGGAAGAAGGCGUACAUCGGCAUGCUUAUCUUUUUGGGGGUCAAUGCAGUUAUCUUGGAAGCUUAUACAUGGGUUGUCGUUCUGAAAAGAAAGAAAGACGACAAAAAGACACACGUAGGCAAUGGCUACAGCCUAUCAACAUAG